UCUACAUCCAUCUUGCCAAAAUGACCACCGGGCUCGGCGUCGAAGUCGUCAGCAUCGUCAACAAGCUCCAGGACGUGUUCUCCGCCGUCGGCUCGUCCGCGUCGCAGAUCGACCUGCCCCAGAUAUGCGUGUUGGGCAGCCAAAGUAGCGGGAAGAGCAGUGUGCUCGAGAACAUCGUGGGGAGGGAUUUUCUGCCGCGAGGGACGGGCAUUGUGACGAGGAGACCGCUGGUUCUGCAACUUAUUAACAGGCCAGCAGGCAAGAAUGACGCCCAAGUCGACACCACCGCCGACAAGGCCGCCAACGCGGACGAGUGGGGCGAGUUCCUGCAUCUCCCCGGCCAGAAGUUCUACGACUUCGGCAAGAUACGCGACGAGAUCGUGCGCGACACGGAGGCGAAGACGGGAAAGAACGCGGGCAUCUCCCCGCAGCCCAUCAACCUGCGCAUAUUCUCCCCCAACGUCGUCACGCUCACCCUCGUCGACCUUCCGGGUCUGACGAAGGUGCCCGUGGGGGACCAGCCGAAGGAUAUUGAGAAGCAGAUCAGGGAUAUGGUCCUCAAGUUCAUCUCGAAGCCGUCAUGUAUCAUUUUGGCGGUGACGGCGGCGAAUACGGAUCUGGCGAACUCAGAUGGCCUGAAGUUGGCGAGGGAGGUGGAUCCGGAGGGGUUGAGGACGAUUGGUGUGUUGACGAAGAUUGAUCUUAUGGACAAGGGGACGGAUGUCAUCGACAUUCUCGCUGGACGGGUCAUCCCCCUUCGUCUUGGUUACGUUCCGGUGGUCAACCGUGGGCAGAAGGACAUUGAGACAGGAAAGGCCAUUGCGGCAGCUCUCGAGUACGAGCGGCAGUACUUCUCGUCCCAUCCCUCGUACGCUGGUAAGGAGAGCUACUGCGGCACGCCAUACCUCGCGCGCAAGCUGAACACGCUCCUUAUGCAACACAUUCGCGCCACCCUCCCUGACAUAAAGAUGCGCAUCUCGCAGCAGCUUCAGAAGUUUAACGCCGAGCUUGCUUCCCUGGGUGGCCCCACCGCCGACGGUAACGCAGGCAACAUCGUCCUCUCCGUCAUCACCGAGUUCACGUCCGAGUUCCGGAACGCCAUCGACGGCAUUACGACGGACCUGUCGCUGAACGAGCUGAACGGUGGCGCUCGUAUCAGUUUUGUGUUCCAUGAGCUGUAUAGCAAUGGUGUGAAGAGCAUCGAUCCGUUCGACCAGGUGAAGGAUGGUGAUAUCCGGACGAUUCUGUACAACUCUUCGGGUUCGACGCCAUCCAUCUUCGUCGGCACGGCUGCGUUCGAGAUCAUCGUGAAGCAGCAGAUUAAGCGGUUAGAAGAGCCCAGCUUAAAGUGCUGCCAGCUGGUAUACGACGAGCUCACCCGGAUAUUGUCACAAUUGUUGGCCAAGAUCCAAUCGUUCAAGCGCUACCCUGCCUUGCGUGAACGGUUGAACUCCGUCGUCAUCAACUUCUUCAAGCAGGCGAUGAACCCGACAACCAAACUCGUGUCUGACAUGGUCGCCAUGCAAGCCUGCUACGUUAACACCACCCACCCUGACUUCCUCAACGGUCACAAAGCUAUGCAAAUAGUGAACGACCGUCUGAACCCGCCCUCGAAGCCCGGCACGCCCGACCCGAAGGGCCGCCAGCAAAUCCAGGCGAACCCGCGCGAUCUGGACGUCGACCCCAAGCACGAGGAGCCCAGCUUCUUCGGGUCAUUCUUCUCUGCGACUAGCAAGACCAUACAGAGGAAGAAGGCUGCGCCUACGACGGUGGCGAGCACGAUGGAGGCACCGCCGCCGGUGAUCAAGCCGCAGGCGGCGUUCAAUGACAGGGAGACGAUGGAGACGGAGGUCAUCAAGCUUCUCAUUCACUCCUACUUCAACAUCGUCAAGCGCGAAAUGAUCGACACCGUUCCGAAGGCAAUCUCACUUACGCUUGUGAAUUACGCAAAGGAGAACUUGCAGAAGGAGCUGUUGCAAGAGCUCUACAAGCCGGACACGCUCGACAACUUGAUGAAGGAGAGCGAGUUCGUGGUGAACAGGCGGAAGGAGUGCAUCCGGAUGGUGCAGGCCCUCAACAAGGCCGAAGAGAUUGUGUCUGCUGUAUAGCGUGUUCACUGUUGAUGGCUUUGUUGUUGUGUAGAGUUGAUUAUCGUGUAGCUAUAAUUUGUGGACUUUCUGGACCAAGGGUCUCUAUCGUCUUCGUAUGCAAGGCUCGCUAUCUGGCAUUUCCAUGUCUAUCUAUACUUGAUUGCGGGAUUAGCAGAAAAC